GUUUUAACUUGGUUGCCCAAGCUGUGUUUAAUGGGAAUUGCUGGAACAAGCAAUGGAGAUUGAUGGAAAUCUCGGCAAACACGGUCUGGAGGGUGAUGCACUCGUGCAGUUCCUGACUAAGGGAGGUGAGCUAACCGCGGUGAAAUCCAACAAAUGGAAAAAGAAGAGCUUCUACAGGCUGAUGGAGGACGGCCGAACCAUGAGGCAAGAGAGCUUCAUAAGAGACAACACCUUUUCCAUCGAUGACAUCGAGUCGAUCCGUAGUGGCCGGCAAACCGAAGGCCUGCAGAAGUACACAGACGCCACGCUGGAGGAACACUGCUUCUCCAUCAUCUUCAAAGGCAAACGCAAGAACCUCGACCUGGUGGCGAGCAGCAAAGCGGACGCUCAGAGGUGGGUGAUGGGACUGGAGAAGGUCAUCGCCAACAUGGAGAACCUCAGUUCACAACAGAAAAGUGAACACUGGAUCAUCAGCUGUAUGAAGAAGGCGGACAAAAACGGUGACAACAUGAUGACCCUGACGGAGGUGAUGAGCUUCCUGCACAAGAUCAACAUCGAGAUGGAUGACGCGCAUGUUGCUAAGUUGUUUGAUGAAUGUGACACAUCAAAGUCAGGAACUCUGGAGGGAGCAGAGAUUAAGAGAUUCAUUGACCUGCUAACGCAGCGUUUGGAAAUCAACGCCAUCUAUGAGAAGUACGCUGUAACCGGUGGUCAGAUGAGUGCAGGAGAUCUGCAACAUUUCCUGCAGAAGGAGCAAAAGGAAAACGUGUCAGUGGAGUAUGCGCGGAAGCUUAUAGACAAAUAUGAGCCAGAUGUUACAGCCAAGCAGAAUGAACGCAUGACCAAAGACGGUUUCCUGAUAUACUCGAACGCUACGGAAGGUUUGAUCCUUAACCCCGACCACAUUAACAUUUACCAGGAUAUGACGCAACCACUCAAUCAUUACUUCAUCUCCUCAUCUCAUAACACCUACCUGAUGGAAGAUCAGCUCAAAGGGCCAAGCAGUACCGAGGCCUACAUCAAAGCGCUGUUAAAGAGCUGCCGAUGCGUGGAGCUGGACUGCUGGGACGGACCCGACGGAAAUCCGAUCAUCCAUCACGGACACACCCUGACAUCUAAGGUGCUCUUUGAAGACGUCAUCAAGGCCAUCAGGCAGAAUGCUUUUAAAACGUCCGAGUAUCCAGUAAUCCUGUCUCUGGAGAACCACUGCUCAGUGGAACAGCAGAAAGUUAUGGCUUACCACAUGACGGAAAUCCUGGGUGAUGCUCUUCUCACACGUCCUCUGGGGACAGAGGUUCCCACCCGCUUGCCUUCACCUGAGGAAUUAAAGAGAAAGAUCUUGAUCAAAGGCAAACGCCUUAACAAGCUGGAAGCAGCAUUUAACAACAACAACACGGAGGACGUGGGCACCGUAUCUGAAGAAGACGAAGCCGCCGAAGCCAAACCAGAAGGAGAACAGGACGCCAAACCUAAGGACCCUAAGAUCAAGCUUGCUAAAGAGCUAUCUGACCUGGUGAUCUACUGCGAGAGUGUCGAGUUUACCAGCUUCGAGGAUUCACAUGAUAAACAGGCCUGCUAUGAGAUGUCCUCCUUCAAAGAAAGCAAAGCCAAGCAUCUGGCAGAAACUACAGCAACCGGAUUCAUCCACCACAACAUGGAGAAGCUGAGCAGAAUUUACCCUGCAGGCUCCCGGGCAGUCUCGUCCAACUACAAUCCUGUGAUGAUGUGGAACGUGGGCUGCCAACUCGUGGCUCUGAACUUCCAAACUGGUGGAGAAGAGAUGGAUUUGAACCAAGGCCGAUUCCUGCCUAAUGGAAAGACCGGCUACAUCCUGAAGCCUGAGUUCAUGAGAAACCCAGAUUCUCAGUUUGACCCCAACAAUCACUCUAACGGACUCUGGUUCAAGAAGAAGAUCCUCCAAGUCAUGGUCAUCUCAGCACAGCAACUUCCCAAACUAAAGUCCAUAGUGGACCCCUAUGUCAGAGUGGAAAUCUUUGGAGUGCCGGCGGACCAAACUAGUGCCCAGACAUCCUACAUCAAUAAUAAUGGCUUCAAUCCGAUGUGGCAUGAAAACUUCGAGUUCACCGUUCGGGUGCCAGAUUUGGCCUUAGUGCGCUUCCUGGUGAUGGAUCAUGAUACUGUGUUACAUAAGGAUUUCAUUGGGCAGUACACGCUACCUUUCACCAGCAUGCAGAAUGGAUACCGCCACAUUCCUCUGCUUACAAAAAGCGGCGACGUCAUGCCUUCAGCAAAACUCUUUGUGCACAUCAUGGUUAUGGAUCCGUAAAGCAGAUCGAAGAGCCUCAGAGCUUAUGGAUCACUCCACCACAAGCAGACCCUCUUAUACUGAACAAGAAAGACGUUUGAUGUACAGUAGAGACACUGGAUUCAUAAAGAUGUUCUGAACUGAGCGAGAUCAAGCGAUAUUGUAAGGAAACUCAUAGAAAAUGUACAGAUAAAUGGUGAAGGAAACAUUCAUUUUUUUAUUUAUUUAUUAGUCUUGUUCUUGUUCAGACUAAAGUUU